ACAGACGAGCUUGAGUUGCAGAACGCGACCCGUGUUGCGCAUUCCUCUGUCCUCAACCCAAAUUUUUUGCCAAGAUGGCGACCACAGUCAUUAGGGUUCCGUGCUCGUCUGCCAAUAUCGGUCCUGGAUACGACGUGAUUGGGCUUGCGCUUUCAGAAUAUCUCGAGCUUCGAGUCAAGAUCAACGACGAACAAUCGAAGGAAGCACCUCAAAACUGCAGAAUUACGCAAGAAGGCCUUGGUGCAGAGCAAGUCGACCUCGACGCAAGCCGUCACUUCAUCACACGCAUUGCACUCUACGUACUGCGAUGUCACGAUCAACGAUCAUUCCCGGUCCCCACUCACGUCCAUAUCAAUAAUGCUAUUCCGUUCGGACGAGGUCUUGGUUCUUCCGGAGCCGCGAUUGUCGCUGGAGUAGCUUUGGGCAAUGUUGUCGGCAAUCUUGGUCUUGAUAAAGAUCGCCUGCUUGACUUUUGUCUGAUGAUUGAGAAGCAUCCCGACAAUGUUGCUGCGUCCAUGUACGGAGGCUUUGUUGGCAGCUACACGAAGAAGCUGGAUCCGGCGGAUGUGAAGCGAGCAGAAGUCCCAAUGUCGGAAGUCCUGCCGAUGCCUCAAGGUGGCGAGAACACAGGUCUCAAGCCGCCAGUGCCUCCGUACAACAUUGCCAAGCACAUCCAAUUCCCUUGGGCCAAAGAGAUCAAGUGCAUUGCUGUUAUACCGGACUUCGAGGUUGCAACUGCAAAGGCUCGCCAGGCAGUGCCGAGCACAUAUUCGAAAGAGGAUGCCAUCUUCAACCUGCAACGAGUGGCCUUACUGACCACAGCGCUUGGCCAAAGUCCCCCUGAUGCAGAGCUGAUCUACGAUGGUAUGCAGGACCGACUGCACCAGCCUUAUCGCCAAGGUCUCAUUCCUGGUUUGACCGAAAUCCUCCACUCUGUCACACCAGCUUCACAUCCUGGCCUGCUUGGAAUUUGUCUAUCUGGAGCCGGACCCACUAUCCUGGCCUUGGCCACCGAGAACUUCGAUCAUAUUGCACAGCAUUUGCUCGAGCAAUUCAAGAAAGAGAACAUCACGUGCACGUGGAAGCUCCUCGAACCAUCAUUUGAUGGUCUCACGGUAAAACAGGAGUCUACUAGCUUAGAUGGUCAGAAUACUGGCAUGACAUACGCAGAUGCCGGCGUAUCCAUCGAUGCUGGUAACGACUUUGUCCAACUGAUCAAGCCAGCCGUGAAGUCUACAAGUCGACCAGGCACUGAUGCUGUGAUUGGUGGCUUUGGUGGAGUUUUUGAUCUGCAAGCAGGAGGCUUUGGCGAGAAUGCGCCGAUUAUUGUGCAGGCCAUUGACGGGGUUGGAACGAAAUUGAAGAUUGCCUUCGAAAUGGAGCAGUUCCAAGAAGUGGGAAUUGAUCUCGUGGCCAUGAACGUCAAUGAUCUCGUGGUGCAAGGAGCGGAGCCCAUCACAUUCCUGGACUACUACGCUUGCUCGAAACUCAUACCCGAAGACGCAGCGAAUUUCAUCAAGGGCGUAGCAGAAGGCUGCAAGCAAUCUGGCUGUGCCCUCGUUGGUGGCGAGACCGCUGAAAUGCCCGGCAUGUACUCAGGCAAGGAUUUCGAUGCUGGCGGAGCUGCUACUGGAAUCAUCCGACAGGGUCAGAAGAUCCUGCCGGACUUCGAGGGCAUGAGCGAAGGCAAUAUUCUCAUUGGAUUAUCCAGCAAUGGCGUCCACUCCAACGGCUAUUCCUUGGUGCGAAAAAUCCUGGAAAAGAAGGGACUUGGUUUCCAUGAUCAAGCACCUUGGGCACAGAAUAUCACCGUCGGCGCUAGCCUUCUGAAGCCCACCAGAAUCUACGUGAAGCCCCUGCUGGCAGCCGUCCAGAAAGACCUACUAUUGGGUAUGGCACACAUUACAGGCGGUGGUCUCGAGGACAAUAUACCACGAAUGCUACCCAAGCACCUUGCCGCAGAGGUUGACGCAAGUGCGUGGCCAGUGCCAGACGUGCUACAAUGGCUCAAGAAAGCUGGCAAUGUCAGCAGCAGGGAAUUCGCACGCACGUGGAAUACUGGACUGGGUAUGGUCAUUGUUGUGAAGGAGGCAAACGUGGCUGCUGCGAUAGAUACGUUGACCAAUGCAGGCGAGUCGGUGCACAAGAUCGGACGACUUGUAGCACGCACCGACGAGGGAGUCAUUCUUCGAAAUUUCGAUCACUGGGAUCGAUGAACCAUCACUCGGGGGCGGUCUGAUAGUUAGCAGCGGCACAUUAUGUGUCCCUCCUUAGCUACCAUAUGAAGCUCGUCCGCCCAGGAGCUCUCUAGCACUAUACAGAUGAUUCCUCG